AUGGCGUCGUCUCAGCUUCCUCUCCCGCAGCGCAUAUGCCACACAUGGCGUCAUCCCGGAUUAGUUUUUGAAGCAGCGUUCAUCCUGAGGCUUGAUCUGCAGGAGGGGGCCAAAAACAUGGAGCAUUAUUUUUCGUUUGUUGAAAACAAGAAGACGCCUUUGCUACGCUCCGACCCGGUACCUGACAACUGCGGCCUGGCUGUAUCAGAGAACGAGGAGAUGAGCAAGGUAACUGAAGGCAACGCUAAAUUUGAAUCCAUGGAAUACAAGGAGGCUGGCAAGGCAGCUGAAACCAAUGGCAAGGUGGAAACAUAUGAAGUCGUUGGAGGAAAACAGUACGAAGUCAUUGAAGGGAAGGUUGACUGGAGGGGAAGACCUGCUGUCCGAGGGCGCCAUGGCGGUGUUGGCAAUUCUUUCUUCAUUCUUGUGAACUUUGGGCUGGAGAACCUGGCGUCUCUGUCUCUAGCCGUGAACCUUAUCAUGUACUUCAUGUUGGUGAUGCACAUCAACCUCGCCGACGCCUCCAACCUGCUGACCAACUACAUGGGCACGAGCUACAUGAUCGCGGUGCUCAUCACCGUCUUUGCCGACACCUUUGUCGGCCGGUACCAGACCGUGAUCAUAUCCUCCGUGGUGGAGCUCAUCGGGCUCCUGCUGAUGACGCUGCAAGCUCACUCCCCGAAGCUGCUCCCGAAAGGGUGCAAAUGGCCGGAGCCGACGUGCGAGAGGGUGCGCGGCCACAGCGAGUUGCGGCUCUACGUCGGCCUGUACCUGGUGGCGAUCGGGUCGGCGGGCAUCAAGGCGGCGCUGCCGGCGCACUGCGCCGACCAGUUCGACGCCAAGCACCCCAGGGAGAGGCGCCAGAUGUCCAGCUUCUUCAACUGGCUGCUGCUCAGCCUGUGCAUCGGAGGGGCCUUCAGCGUCACGGUGUUCGUGUGGAUCCAGAACGUCAAGGGCUGGGACAGAGGGUUCGGCGCCGCCACGGGGGUCAUGGGCCUCGCCCUCAUCGCCUUCCUCGUCGGCAUGCCCCGGUACCGGAUCUUCACGGUGCAGGGCAGCAGCGCGCUCCUCGAAAUCUUGCGGGUGUACAUUGCUGCGAUCAGGAACAGGAACCUGCAGAUCCCUGAGAACCCUGACGAGUUAUACGAGAUCAGCAGAAGCAAAGCUGCUCCUGAGGUGGAGUUCGUGUCCCACAGGGACAGGCCAUUCAGGUUCCUGGACAGGGCGGCGAUCGUUCAGGCACCGACGGAGGAGGCGCCGAGCCCGUGGCGGCAGUGCCGGGUGACGCACGUGGAGCACGCCAAGACGGUGCUGGCCAUGGUGCCCAUCUUCUGCAGCGCCAUCAUCAUGGGCACCUGCCUGGCCCAGUUUCAGACCUUCUCCAUCCAGCAGGGCUCCACCAUGAACACGUGGGUCGGGAGCUUCCAUAUGCAGCCGGCGACGCUGCCCAUCAUACCGCUGGGCAUGCUCAUCUUGGCCGUGCCCAUCUACGAGCGCCUCUUCGUGCCCUUCGCCCGCGGCGUCACGGGCCACCCCAACGGCAUCCCCUACCUGCAGCGCGUCGGCGUCGGCCUCGUGCUCUCCAUCGUCUCCAUGUGCAUCGCCGCCGUCGUGGAGAUGUACCGCAAGAAGGUGGCCGUCCGGAACGGCAUGCUGGACGCGAUCCCCAUGGUGAACCCGCUGCCCAUGUCCGUCUUCUGGCUGGCCCCGCAGUACGGCGUGUUCGGCAUCGCCGACAUGUUCACCUACAUCGGCCUGCUCGAGUUCUUCUACUCGCAGGCGCCGCCCGCCCUCAAGUCCAUGUCGUCGGCGUUCCUAUGGGCCUCCAUGUCGCUGGGAUAUUACUUCAGCACCAUCAUCGUCAAGGCCGUGAACGCGGCCACCAAGAAGCACACGCUGAGCGGAGGCUGGCUUAACGGCAACAACAUCAACCGGAACCACCUCGACCUCUUCUUCUGGCUGCUCGCCGUGCUCAGCUUCAUCAACUUCCUCAACUAUCUCUACUGGGCCAGCUGGUACAAGUACGUCAAGCCCCAGGAUGAGGAGGAGAAUGUGGACGAGCAGCAAGUGUGACCAGUACUCGUAUAUACCACUUCUUUUCUUUCAAUAUGCAAGGUUGAUGGUCGUGUAGGAUUUUUGUUCGUAAAGCUGUCAUGUAGUUCGUCUUGUUCUUCUUGUUGACGAACCUCGUCAUUAAGUAUGGACAGCGCUAAACAUCAUACUACAUUUUGUAUCCUAUCAGACCAGUCAGAGAACGUCCGAUCACAUGCAUGUUAGUCGUCUGGGUUGGUUCAUUAGUAGGUCAGCGCUAGA